AUACCACGCAUUCAGAGCGGUUUAUAUCAGAAAUAGUUUGCUUUGCGCUUUCCACUUCCUUUCACCAUGAACAGUGAAAAAUCGACAAGAAGCUUAUAUAUGUUUUCUUAUCAUGUGCUACCAUUAUUCGUAAACAUACAUUUAUGGUAUGCAUAGGUUAUACAUGUAUCAUGUUAAAGAGGACGCAUGCCUCCCACUUUACACUUACAUAAUAAACUCAAACCUCUUUGUAUAAUUAUUACAACACUUUUCAGCCAAAUUUGAAUAGCAUUAGCUAGCCACUCGGAUGUCACAGUUUUGAAUUGAUCGAUUACCCCCAAAGAAAGUAUUUUAGAUGCAUUUUGAAUAGGCCUGUGUGCUUUUUGCCUACCUCUCAUUUCAGGUUUGAGCAUGUUUCAGGCGUGGCAAGGUAUAAGGUCACUCACCAACUCAAUUCAACGGUAUCCAGUGCAAAGACUAGUGUGUGUAAAGGCCACCACCACUAGACCGUGCUCAGGCUACCAGCAGGCUAAUGUGGUGAUCCUCCAUAAGAGCCUAGCAGAUGACUUUGAGGCAUUCUGCCAUGCCAACCCCAGCCCCCUGCCCCUGCUGUACAGAAGUCAGCCUGGGGAGUGGGGCUGUCCACCUCUCGCUGCAGACGCAGACAUCAGAGUGGACUGUCCCCAGUACUGUGUGUUUAAGGAUGGCCUGCUGGUAUCCAGAGUGUCCAGCCUGAUGUCCUACAGCGGUCAGCUCCAGGACAUGGUCAGCUUCUACCUGGGCUGUAGCUUCAGCUUUGAGAGGACACUGCGGAAGGCCGGGGUCCCUGUCCGAAAUGUGGAGCAGAACUGUAAUGUCAGCAUGUUCAGGACAUCUCUCCAGUGUAGAGGAGUGGGUCAGUUCCAGUGCCCUAUGGUGGUGACUAUGAGACCGGUACCUGAGGAGAAGCUGGACCUUGUGGUCCAGAUCACUCACCUGACCCCUCUGGCCCAUGGAGGACCCAUCCACAUCGGGGACCCAGCUGUGCUGGGGAUCCAGGACUUAUCCAGGCCGGAGUAUGGGGACCCGGUGGCCCUUGGCCCAGGAGAUGUACCUGCGUUCUGGGCCUGUGGGGCCACUGGUGUGGAGGCUGUCCAGAGUUGCAAGCCCCCACUGGCAUUCACCCACUCUCCAGGCUGCAUGUUCGUCACUGAUCGACAGGACUCAUCCGUCUUUGCGUCCACAUCCACCCCUGAGCCUGACCAAUGCCCUCUGACUUUCUCCAUCUCCCAGCAGCCUUUGCACUUCAGUGUGGCGUCCAAGGCUGUAGUCCAGAGCAUACGAGACCUGGAGAAGAUCAUUGGCGAGGACCCAGGGGAGAGAGGUAUCCGUGCAUUGUUUGUCCAGGAUGAGUUGCUGAGGUCUUGCCUGUCCCUCUCCCACUCCUCAUCUGUGCUCAUCACUACGGGGUUCCCCACCCACUACACACACAACCCCCCUGAGGAGACAGACGGGCCCCCCGGAGCCAUCGCCAUAGCAGCCACCCUCCAGGCCCUCCAGAAGGAGGUUGCUAUAGUGACAGAUCACCGUGCCCUGGAGAUGAAUCAGAGGAUUAUGGAGGAUGCAGUAAAGAAAGGUGUGAUAAAGACAGCCGUACCACUGCUCAGUUACCAAGGCAACAGCCCAGACUCAGCACUGUACUUCCUGUGUCAUAACGGAGACCAUAAAAAGCCCAGGUUUGACCACUUGGUGGCAAUAGAGCGCAGUGGCAGAGCAUCUGAUGGGAACUACUACAAUAUGAGAGGAGUGAACAUCAAACACCUGGUGGACCCUAUAGAUGAUCUAUUCACCACAGCCAGCACCAUCCCUGGCAUCAGCACCACAGGGAUAGGAGAUGGCGGGAACGAGCUGGGCAUGGGCAAGGUGAAGGAGGCAGUGAGAGAACACAUGCCCAAUGGGAGCCUGAUAGCCUGUGACGUGGCUGCUGACUUUGCCAUCACUGCAGGAGUGUCUAACUGGGGAGGCUACGGCAUGGCCUGUGCUCUAUACAUCCUCAGUCUCUGUCCCAUCCACCAGCGGUACCUCCACAAAGGCCUGGGCCAGCCUCACCCACCUACCCAGGACCAGCACCAGGCCUGGGCUGCUAGCCUGCCCUCUGUAGCCAAGGAGGAGGAGAUGCUGUCUAUCCUGGUACAACAUGGUGUCCGCAGCGGAAAGACAGGAACCCUGGGCAUGGAGGUGGACGGCCUGACCUUUCACCCCACACACUCUGACCUCAUCAGAAAGCUCAGGGACCGCACCUCACAGAGAAAGUGAAACUACACCUUACAAACUACCACCUAUGCAAGGUAGUGAACACACCACCAACCCACGCAGAGUAGUGAAAAUAGCAUGCCGUUGCUGUCAUUCGCAUCCCCUCCUCCUCCCUAUCCACCACACCACCUCCCCCAACGAUUGGAGAUGGUCCUUGGUCAGUGACCAGGUGGAAGCACCACCCGAGCCAAAAGCUACUACACUGCAAAACCCUACACUAUCUCACAUCAUUAAUCAUCUGAUUGCAUGGAACCUGAUCACAAUAUUACAGUACAUGGCAACCUUCCUAAAGGCUUGAGUUUGAUGCUGUCAUGUUUGGAUCAAACCGAGAAAUGAGGUGUGGAGUUGGAGGAGUUGUGAAUUGCCUGCAGCUGUAUAUUUAAUUGCUCCCGAACGUUUAGAACUUCAUAAAUUAAAAACCUUUAUCCUUUUGUAGCUCAGUCGGUAGAGUAUGGCGCUUGUACUGCCAGGGUAGGGGGUUCGAUUCCCGGGCCCACCCAUUCAUAAAAUGUAUGUAUGCAUGACUAAGUUGCUUUGGAUAAAAGUGUCUGCUACGUUGCAUAUAUUAUGUUACUAUAAUAUUACAAGCUAAAGCCUGAUAUCAGACAACGCCAUAAACCAAGUUGAUUUUAUAGCUUUGUGAUCUUAAUUCUAUUAUAAACAAGGCACUAGAUUAGAACUAUAUACAACAGUUUUUUUGUGAUAUAGACCUCAAAUACCACAAUUCCCAACCUCUCAAAUAUCUUGUGUUGUUUUUUUUGUUAGUAAAAUCAUCUUGUGUUGAUUAGUAGGACCAAAUGAAUAUAACCAAAUAGAGAAUCAGUCACGCACACACAGAUCCGAAGGCAGACUGCUCUCAGGGACAGUUGACUGCCUUUGUGGCACACUGCCAACUGUGCUAUUCUACUAACACUUCGUCUCCAGCUUCCAUAUAAAAGUCAGAGGGGUCUGUGUGUUUUAUACACCAGAAAUACUGGCUUGGUAACUUUUUGUCUUCCUUAGCUAUGAGUUGGUGAGCAAAACACUUGCUAAGAGCAGAGUACCACUGAAACCUGUGUUCUAAAAACCAUCUGUAAUUAUUCAGAGAUAUUGUUUAAAGUUACUCAACACACACUGUCUUACUAAUAUUAAUGGUGUUAAUGACAUUUGUAUUCAAAAUCAUAGUCACUUGUGAUUAUUUUAAUACACUACAUAAACUGUUAAAUUAUGCAAUACUAAUUUGAAAAGUAAUCAAAGUGCUGUUAUCUGAUUAGACGCAGAGAUUCCACUGAAACAUGAUUUCAUCUACUAUCAGUGCCAGCGUGUGCCAUGCUAGGGGCCACCCUCCCUAAAUAUCCCACCUUCUCUCUCCCUCUCUCCCUUACUUCCUCCCUCCGCAGCCAAUGUCACUCACAGAUCUGUCUAAAACAACCUUUCACACACACAUCUUACCGUCAACACUGUUUGACAAACACAUGGUAUGGUUUCAGGCAACCCUGCAAAGACUGAAGACAUAUUGAAUUCUCCAGCCAAAUAAUUAAAUCCAACAUUAUGCUCCUACUCUUGCUUCUAGUCCUUAUGUCACACAGUUUGUUUAUCUAUGGUUUUCUUAUCUAACAUGGAUAUAAUAGAAAGCAAUGAUAUUAGGUUUGACCUUUCCAAAUGAAGCCCUUUCCUUCUAGGUUCAGCCAAAGUAAAGUUAGUGUCGUCCAAGGAGGCUUCUGUUGCUAGGUUAAUAAACAAACCAAGGCUUUUUCUUUGCUAGCGACUGGUUACACCUGAGAAUGUUUAGCAUUACUCAAUGAUGGAAUUAAUGAGUUGCUUACUUGAUAAAAUAAAUGUUAAAAUGCA